UUGAUUAUAGACAAUGUCAAAAUUUGACGGUUUGUCAAAAUGGCUCCUCCUCCUCCAACUGUUCCGACUUUUAAAGAUGGAAAACGCUCCAUAGAUUUUAUUUUAGUGUACAAAUUAUCGACUCUUGAUAGCGAAAAACAUGAAAAAAGGCACAAAGGCUUCUUGGAAAGCCUACAGAAAUUAGGAUUAGAAAUAGAGGAAGAACCUUUUUCGGUCGAUAAUGACGUAGUGUUUGUGAAAAUUUUCGCACCGGACAAGUUGAUUAUGCUGUUCGCGGGGCUGUUCGACGUCGAACUGUCCUGCCAGAAUUUCGAAUUCAGGCCUGUUGUACCUGUUCCCACGGGAUUCUUUGCCACUCCCUUGACCUCGCCCGAUAUUAACGAUCCCGAUUAUUCCAGAGCGCCAGAAGCGUUUAGUGGAGAUACACCCAAAAAGGUAACUUCCGCUGAGAAGAUUAUGGUAGUUAAUCACAUUUUAAUCAGGGCAAUUUAUGGCGUAGAUCGUGGUGAUUACGGAAUACACAAGCUUAUUAAGUUACACACUUUUGUAGAUGCCUACCCUCUACACGACGGUACCUGUAAAUGGACUGAUGAAGGACCACUAAACGAUAGGCAACUUCUACGACGUUACUGGGGUGGGUUUAAAGUGUGGCACAAGGCACAACCUGUCAACUUGAUUGAAAAAUACUAUGGAACCGAAAUAGCCCUCUAUUUUGCUUGGUUGGGAUUCUACGUGAAGAUGCUGAUACCUGCGUCCAUAAUCUCCAUUUUUGUUAUUGCUUAUGGCAUUGUUACGAUGCCAACGGCAUUUAACAGUGUUGGGAAAGAAAUUUGCGCGAGCAGCUAUAUGAUGUGUCCCAAGUGCCAUUUUAAAAAAUGCCAACUGUACAGGAUCAAGAACUACUGUGUGCUAGCCAAUUUGGCGUAUCUGUUUGAUAACGUGGUGGCUGCCAUUUUCGCUGCUGUUAUGUCAAUUUGGGCAACUGUUUUUAUGGAAAUGUGGCAACGUAGGGAGUCUGUGUUGCGUUUACAAUGGAAUUUGCAAUCCUUGGAGUAUGCUAUAAGCUUUAGGCCGCAAUAUUUAGAAGUUGCUGACAAACGCUACUCCACGGUGACCAAUAAAAUGGAACCAUAUUUACGUAGAGAAUACAUUUGUGCUCACUACACUAUCACCUUGGUGUCCGUUGUCUUAUUGCUGAUGGUUAUGUGUUUGGCGACUUUCAGUGUGAUGGUGUACAGGGUGACCGUUUUAAUUGCCUUGAUGAAAACCUCUUCAGCGGAAAUAAUCAAUAGCCAAAUAGGAGUUAUGGUGGCUUCUGUCUCAGGGGCCACACUGUCUGGACUAUUUAUUUUCUUUUUUCAAGCGUUCUACGAGUACAUAGCUCUGGCUCUGACCAAUCAGGAAUGUCACAGAACUCAAAGCAGUUAUUCCAACGCUUACAUUUUCAAAAGUUACGCCCUAGCCUUCACCAAUAAUUAUGCCGCUCUGUUUUAUGUAGCAUUUUUCAAGGGCAAGUUUUUCACGUACCCGGGGGAUCACAAAAUAUGGCACUACUUAGGUGGAGUAAACACCGACAUUUGUGAUGCCAGCGGUUGCAUAAUCGAUCUGUCCAUACUGUUAAUUAUUAUCAUGACCUUAAAGGCUUGUAUCAGUAAUAUUCAGCAGGUAUUUGUGCCAAUACUGAUGGAAAGAGCUAAUUCGAUGUUAACAAAAUUAAACAGUCGCGAUACCUAUGUGCCUCAGUGGGAAAAAGAAUUCGUCAUGGCAAAGACCGAAGAGUUUUUCAUUGUAAAAGAGUACAUGGAUAUGGUAAUUCAGUAUGGAUUCGUGACAUUUUUUAUAAUGGGUUUCCCUUUGGCUCCCUUAUUUGCCUUAAUCAACAACACAGUAGAACUGAGAGUGGACGCAUCCAAAAUCUCAAAAAGCUACAGGAGGCCUGUACCCAAUAAAGUUGUAGGGCUAGGUGCAUGGUUUGCCAUUUUACAAGCGAUGACUUACAUAGGAGUAAUGACAAAUGCUCUGGUGAUUGCCUUUACCAGUAACUUUUUAGAAAAAGUUGCUGUGUAUAUUUCCGGUAAAGGGAAGUUUAGUUUUUUGAAUGAAACCCUUUCAGCAUUCAGCAUAGAAGAAUUUGACAUAAUCGAUGGCCCGAAAAUCAAGCUAAACCAAAGCAUUUGCUACUACCCUGGAAAACGCUACCCUCCAAAUCACCCUUUCAAGUACGAAAAUCGGCCAGGCUUUUGGUUUCAUCUGAGCGUUAAAUUUGCCAUUGUGAUAUUUUUUGAGCAUGUAGUAAUUGUAAUAAAGGGUUUGGUGGCCUAUGCUAUACCGGAUGUCCCGUUUUCGGUGAGACAACAAGUCAGUUUUCAGGAAAGAUUGCGAAAGAAAAUAAGAAUGAAGACGUUAAAUAAGGAAUAUUUGAAACAGUUAAAAAAAUAACGACAGACAGAAAGAGUGAAAAAAUAACUAAUAUUUAAUUUAUAUGUAAUUUUAAUACUUAUAGAAUUAAAAGGUGUCGUACUUA